CCAGCAUAGUGCUGGAGAGGGUUGAGGAGGGCAUGCAUGCAGGAGAAGGAGUAGAAACAUUGGUUAGAAAUUGGCUUUAUACUGUCAGGGUGAUCAAAGAAUAAAUACAUUAAGGAUCAAGAGCCAGGAUUCUCACUUUCAGAGUAGAAAGUUACAAAUACUGAAGGGAUUUGGGGAGACUAACACAAAAUCACUAGCUGGUGAUUACAGUGUAGCCUGAGGAAGUAGCCAUGGUGGACCAAGUGAAGUCCCUGAAGGAAUUUACCAAGAACAUCAGACAGAUUUAACAAAUUAUGAUUGACAGCUAGCAAAGUACUCUAAAUCCCUGCUUAGAAAGUAGGACCACUAACUAGAGAUGGGGUGUGCCACUUGAGAGUUGCCUGAGAGAACCCCAAACUGUCACAUCAUCUUCCAGAUGCUCCUGAGACUUUGUAGAACAUGUUUCUCUCCUUUUCCAAUGAGUCAUGGGCACAAUGCCUUGGGAUCACCCUGCCUCAGUGACCUGAGGAGGCAGCGAGUCUCUUCAAUUUAUCAAGGCAGCCUCAACUCACUCUUCCUCUGCUUCCAGAUGUUCAUAUUGGUUGCAGGAGCAUUCCAAGUCCAGGGGCCCCAAGAACCUGUGGUGGCCAUGCUGGGUGGUGAAGCUGAGCUGCCCUGCAUCCUCACGCCUCGUCAAAAUAUUAAAUACAUGAAAAUAAGCUGGACCCAAUACCUACCUUCCCAGGUGGUGCACCUGUAUGAGGAUGGGAAGGACAAGCCUGAGAAAGUCAUGGGAGAGUAUUUAGGGAGGACACAGCUUGUGAAAAAUGCCAUGCAUAAGGGGAUCAUGACCCUGAAAAUCCUCAAUGUCCAACCCUCUGACAAUAGACAGUAUCGCUGUGUGAUCCAAUAUGGCUCCUUCUACAGUGAAGCAGUGAUUGAGCUGAAAGUGGCAGCACUCGGCUCACAUCCUCAGUUACUUGUGGAAGUCACUAAGUCCAGCCAACUCCGAUUAGAGUGCAAGUCAGAGGGCUGGUUCCCUCAGCCAAAGGUCCAGUGGAUGGACUCUGAGGCGGGAGAAAUUCCAGCUGAGUCUGAGACUCACACCCAGGACAAAGGUGGCUUGUUCCAUGUAACAACAGCACUGCUCCUCAGAGAAACUUCUCAGAAGAAUCUGACAUGUUCCUUCUGGAACUCAGUACUGAAUCAGAAAAAGGAACAACAAUUUUCGACAGCAGUUGCUGCACCCACCAGGGUGAUUGAGCUCAUCAGUACAAUACUCAUCAUAUCGGGUAUAUGUUUGGCACUUCUGGUACUGCAGACUUCCAUCUUCACUGGAAUUUAUUUAGGCUCAAAAAAAAAGGCACGGAAAAUAAGUAAAGGCCAGCCAUGAAUCCACUAUGCCACCAUGAAUCAUCAGGCUCCUACCACUACCGCUGGUGCUUCUACCAUGAACCCCACCCAGUUCAAAAAGAGGCCCAGGCACAGGCUUCCAGCUGAGGUCGACUCCACUCUGUCCAAAUACAACAGUGUUUUGUUACAGAAGGAGGCAGAACUCAGAAGCUGCGUCGAGACUCUCACAGGCCUUUCUAUUGGUACCAACUUCAAGGAGGGUCUAAAGCAGCAGUUCUCAACCUGUGGGUCGCGACCCCUUUUGGGGUCGAACGACCCUUUCACAGGG